AGCAGGAAGCGCGCGCGCAGCCGCUCAGCUCCCGGGCGCCUCCGGACCCGCUGCGCCAAGCGCGCCAGCCUGACCCGGCGUGCGUCCCCACGAGGAAAGUGACCCCCCGCGCGACGCUUCGCCACCCCUGGCCAGGAGAACGCCGAGCCCUCGCUCGCCCUCCAGUCCCACAGUUCGCGCGCCAUGGACGCCCUAGAGCCUCAGCCCGACCCCGACGGCAGGGACGCCCCAGGCCACGAGUCCGGGGGCAGCCCCCAGGACGAGUUGGACUUCUCCAUCCUCUUCGACUAUGACUAUGACUAUUUGAAUCCCAUCGAAGAACUUCGCCAAUAAUGUCACCUCGAACCAGCCUCGCCGAGGACAGCUGCCUGGGCCGCCACUCGCCCGUGCCCCGUCCAGCCUCCCGUUCUUCGUCGCCUGGUGCCAAGCGGAGGCAUUCGUGCGCAGAGGCCUUGGUUACCCUGCUGCCCGGAGCCUCACCCCAGCGCUCCCGGAGCCCCUCGCCGCAGCCCUUGCCUCACGUGGCUCCCCAGGACAACGGCGCCCGGGCUGGGUACCCACCCACAGCUGGCUCUGCCGUCCUCAUGGAUGCCCUGAACAGCCUCUCAGCGGACUCCCCCUGCGGAAUCCCCACCAAGAUGUGGAAGACCAGCCCCGACCCAUCACCGGUGUCUGCUGCCCCUUCCAAGGCAGGCCUGCCUCGCCACCUUUACCCCGCUGUGGAAUUCCUCGGGCCCUGCGAGCCGGAGGAGAGGAGAAACUCCGCCCCCGAGUCCAUCUUGCUAGUGCCGCCCACUUGGCCCAAGCAACUAGUGCCUGCUAUUCCCAUCUGCAGCAUCCCGGUGACUGCAUCCCUUCCUCCACUUGAGUGGCCAUUAUCCAACCAGUCAGGCUCCUAUGAGCUGCGAAUUGAGGUGCAACCCAAGCCGCAUCACCGGGCCCACUACGAGACGGAAGGCAGCCGAGGGGCCGUCAAAGCUCCAACUGGCGGUCACCCUGUGGUCCAGCUCCAUGGCUACAUGGAAAACAAGCCUCUGGGCCUUCAGAUCUUCAUUGGGACAGCCGAUGAGCGUAUCCUCAAGCCCCACGCUUUCUACCAGGUGCACCGGAUCACCGGGAAGACCGUCACCACCACCAGCUAUGAGAAGAUUGUGGGCAACACCAAAGUCCUGGAGAUCCCGCUGGAGCCAAAAAACAACAUGAGAGCAACCAUCGAUUGUGCAGGAAUCCUGAAGCUCAGGAACGCCGACAUUGAACUGAGGAAAGGCGAGACCGACAUCGGGAGAAAGAACACACGUGUGCGGCUUGUUUUCCGGGUACACAUCCCAGAGUCUAGUGGGAGGAUCGUCUCCUUGCAAACUGCAUCUAACCCCAUCGAGUGUUCCCAGCGGUCUGCUCAUGAGCUGCCCAUGGUUGAGAGACAAGACAUCGAUAGCUGCCUGGUCUACGGGGGUCAGCAGAUGAUCCUCACGGGGCAAAACUUCACGGCCGAGUCCAAAGUCAUGUUUACUGAGAAGACCACAGAUGGGCAGCAAAUUUGGGAGAUGGAAGCCACAGUGGAUAAAGACAAGAGCCAGCCUAACAUGCUUUUUGUUGAGAUCCCUGAGUACCGGAACAAACAUACCCGCACAUCUGUGAAGGUGAACUUCUAUGUCAUCAACGGGAAAAGGAAACGAAGUCAACCCCAGCACUUUACCUACCACCCAGUUCCAGCCAUCAAGACGGAGCCCACCGAUGAGUAUGACCCAACUUUGAUCUGCAGCCCCGCCCAUGGUGGCCUGGGGAGCCAGCCGUACUACCCGCAGCAUCCGAUGGUGGCCGAGUCGCCUUCCUGUCUUGUGGCCACCAUGGCUCCCUGCCAGCAGUUCCGCUCUGGGCUCUCGUCCGCAGAUGCCUGCUACCAGCAGCAGAAUCCAGCAGCUGUCCUCUACCAACGGAGCAAGAGCCUGAGCCCCAGCCUGCUGGGCUACCAACAGCCGGCCCUCAUGGCCGCCCCUCUGUCCAUUGCGGAUGCCCACCGCUCUGUGCUGGUGCAUGCUGGCUCCCAGGGCCAGAGCGCGGCCCUGCUGCACCCAUCUCCGGCCAAUCAGCAGGCUGCACCGGUGAUCCACUACUCACCCACCAAUCAGCAGCUGCGCUGUGGGGGUCACCAGGAGCUCCAGCAUAUCAUGUGCUGUGAGAAUUUCACACCCGGUGCCACUAGGCCCGGCCAGCCCCCGGUCAGCCAAGGUCAGAGGUUAAGUCCGGGCUCCUUCCCCACCGUCAUUCAGCAGCAGAAUGCCACUAGCCAAAGAGCCGCCAAAAACGGACCCCCAGUCAGUGACCAAAAGGAAGUGUUACCUGCAGGAGUGACAAUUAAACAGGAGCAGAACCUGGACCAGACCUACCUGGAUGACGAGCUGAUAGACACACACCUUAGCUGGAUACAAAACAUAUUAUGAAACAGAAUGACUGUGCUCUUUGAUCCGAGAAAUCAAAGUUGAAGUUAAUGAAAUUAUCAGGAAGGAGUUUUCAAGACCUCCCACCAGAAAUCAGACGUAGACGAUGCCAUUAGCAAGAAACCUUCCAUAUCUGAUCCCUCGGAGACCUUCUACUGUGCCACACCUCUGUUCCCUUUCCAUCUCUCGACCCGGUGUCCACUGCAGAACAAUGUACUGGCUAACAUAGACUCUACACACAGGAGCUCGCCAUCUCCACUCU